AUGAGAAAGUCUGUCCUCCAACCAAAACCAGCAACCACAAGUUCUACUUUUAAAUACUCCCGGCCAAUGUGUCGUGAAAACACAUCUGCUGCCAGAGUCCCCGGCUUCAACUCACUUCCUCAUAAAAUACAAAACUUUCUCUACUAUCGCCAUUGUCGACAUUUUCCCAUGAUACUGGAUGUUCCUGACAAAUGUGGAGGAGCUGAAGGAUCUGCAGAAGUCUUUCUUCUACUGGUCAUUAAAAGUCCUCCUGUGAACUACGGCCGUCGAGAUGUGCUGCGUAAAACCUGGGCUAAAGAGAGAUUGCAGAAUGGUGUGUGGAUCCGAAGACUUUUCAUUACAGGAACAGCAGGUGAUGGUUUAGAGAAGAAGAGACUGAACAAAUUCCUCAAACUGGAGCAACAUGAGAACAAUGACAUCCUCCAAUGGGACUUUGUUGACGCAUAUUACAACCUCACAUUGAAACAAAUCCUCUUCCUGGAAUGGAUGGACAGAAACUGUCCUCAUGUUCGCUUCCUGAUGAAUGGUGAUGAUGAUGUUUUUGCUCACACAGACAACAUGGUUAUGUAUCUAAAAAGCCUGAAGGUCAAUGAUGGAAGCAAGCACCUGUAUACUGGACAAUUGAGGACAAAUCAGGCGCCUAUUCGUGAUGAAAAUGAUAAAUAUUAUGUUCCAGUUCAGGUGUACGAGUCAGGGUCAUAUCCUGAUUUCUGUAGUGGUGGAGGCUUCCUGUUGUCUGGCUACACAGCUCAUGUCAUAUACAACAUGUCCCAGUCCAUCACCCUUCUUCCCAUGGAUGAUGUUUACAUUGCAAUGUGUGUGGACAAAGCAGGACUUCGUCCUGAAUCCCACAUGGGAGUGAAGGCUUUUGGACAUCGUGGUCCAUCCAGUACUGACCCAUUAGAUCCUUGUUAUUUUAAAGAAAUUCUACUUGCUCACGGAUUCUCUCCACUUAAUUUGUAUGUUAUGUGGAACAGCUUAUAUGAUCCUGAUCUGAAAUGCUUUGACAAUGUCAAAUUGUAA